AUGGGCUACGUUCGCUCCCGCAAGUUCUGCUGCUGUCUGCCGGUCAGAUUCGGUGUCUUUUGCUCUGCCCUCCUUGGUGUUGCCUACAGCACAGCGUUCAGCGUGCUUGCAUGGAUUGAAGUCCACAGACAUGCGACUCACCAGCUUGACCUCGGAAAGGAUGAGGUUGUUGGGCUGGUUCUUUUCGCCCUCGCGUACACAUUUAUGCUACUAUUCUCGAUCAUGGGGCGAGUCAACAUGCUUAGGCGUCUGAUUGGCUCGAUCGGGGGUGUGCGCGGGUUCGUCAAGGGUUACGGUAUCAGCUUGACCAUCAACACCGCCAUCACCAUCGGUAUUGGCAUCUUCUGGUGCUGGAGGCUGUUCCACACGGAUCGCAACUCUUGCUCGAUCCAGGAGGAGAAUGAUGCUGACAAGGUCGCCCACUGGGUCUGCCAGAAGGGCUUCGACAUCAUCCGCAUUGUCCUAGUCAUCGUCAUGGUCCUUGUUUGGAUCUUCCAGAUUGCUGGCUGUGCUAUUGUGUUCGACUACGUCGGCCAGCUGAACGAGGAGCUCGAGAUGGACCAGCAGGCGUAUGGCGCUCAGGAUGCGCCGGAGGUCAACCCGUACCCCGCGCCCGCCGGCACAAUGAUGCGCACGACCUACGACGCGCAGGCGACACCGAUCAUGAAGAGUGCUUACGAGCAGGGCAACUGGCAAGAUGGCGCAAAGCCGCAGUAUCCGUUCACACAGCCGGAGAACGCGUACGGCCGCGAGGGCGUUUGA